UUAAACCGGUAAGGGGGGGGGGUUAGUCAUGGGGAGGUAAUACGCAAGGGCAAUAGUGUGUGAGUUCAUUAUGUGUUGUCCUUUGUGUGUGUAUGUCAGUGUGUUGGACGCGCGUGCAUGUACUACUACUACACAUGGAAUGGCGUCGGUAAAUAGUGUUUUUUUUUUAUUUCCCGCUCAUGUCUUAAAUUGUAUAGUAUAGCGUCCUGCCCUAUUAUAUGUUCAUUUCCCGCACAAGUUUUACAUAUACAGUAUACCUUCCUGUCCUGUUAAAUCUUUAUUUAUCUUAUGCUUGUAAUGGCCUAAUAUUUGGCUCUUUUCCAUUGCACUGUUUUUGAAAUCUGAAGUUCAGCUUGUUUAUUGUUGGCUCUGUCUUCACUUCCCCUCAAAAAAAAAUGUUGGUGGUGAGUUUGUUCUUUUUUUUGCCUCUACUUCUAGGAAGCUCUAAGCUAGAUUUAGUCCCGAAAUCUCUCCAGCGUCGGCUUUAUUUAUAAAUAGUAUAGUCCUGCGCCCUUCCGCCCCCCUUUUCUCGCCGCCACCCCCACCCCUUGUCUUGCUCACUCUACCUGGCAGUUCUUGGAGCGCUCCUACGUCAUUGUAGUUGAGUUAUUAAACUCAUACCUUGGUGAUAGGGGUAGCUGGCUGACGCUGGGAGUUGUUCCCCUAGUCAGCACAAUGUUACUUAGACUCUCGUCUUUGUUGGUUGCUUGGUGUUCAGAAAUGGAAUUUUGUUCUCUUUGUUUUUGUAAAACCGCAUCCAGUCCUUGUUUUUCUCAUAAAUGUGUAUCGAAGGAAAGGAAGGACUUUGAUGUCGUGAUAUGAAACGAAAGCACAUCUGUUCUCCAUAGUUCUUGCUCAUUGGCUCCAGAAAUGUUCCUCUUGUGAAUUCUGUGGCCCAUUUUGCGGACAAAAAAACCCAGACAUACUUGCUGUGUUGUAUUUGCUUUUUUUUUUUCGCAGCUUACCGUAUUGCGUGCAUUCAAACUUUCAAUGUCGGUAGAAGACAUUCUGCUGGUCAUUUGUCAUUUUGAUAUGAACUUAGGCUUCUCAUUCUGCUGCCUAUUUCCCCUUAUUUCGCACCCGUUGAGAGAUAUGUUCAAGUGGGUUUGGUGCGUAGAUUAGGUAGGGUGUAGGCUUUAGGCUGUGGCUAGUUAUGGAGGAUAGUGGUUACUACAGUCAAGGAGCGGAAAAUAUUCAAGUGUGCUCUUCUUCUGACUCCGCGAGUAGCAUAUUUAAUCUUAAAUUCUCAGAUCUUCCCGCUUCUAAAUAUUAUUAUUUUCUGUACGGUUUUAAGGACGAGCAGGAUUUUGAAGACUUCAAGCAGGAUUUAAAAGACUUUCAGAAGCUCAAACGGAACUGCCAAAGUGGUGACCAGAAAUCCGGCGGCCAGCUCAGCUACGCCGCCUUAAAAGAAGAUUUGGAAAUCAUCUGCCGGCCCAACAGUGUUUGCCAGAACAGGCGCAAACAUCACCAUGAACGAAGCAAGCCGCCCACCAACAGUGUCAUUUCAAAGGCAACAUCUGAUAAGCUUGACGCUAACGAAAACUUGCAUGUAAUCACCGAUCGCUCUAACGGGAAACCUUGCAAAGCGCAUAUCACGGAAGAGGCGCUUUCUAAGCCAGACAAUUUCGGCUUGAGGGCCGACUUCGAUCGGCGCAGUGGUGUAUUUGGUUUCGACAGAAGAAGCGGCAUUAGCUCGGGCAUCAGGGACAUACUCAUGGACUUUUUGAAUGGAGACGAGCAUUUCCAGGAGUUUGAACGUGUUUUUGACACUGUGAAUAAAGCUCGGUUAUCACGGCAAAUGGAUAAUAUGCCAUUUUUGUCCAGCCCCGAGUCUCGUAGACGACUUUCGAGAGAUAAUGCAAAUUACUUGGCUCGUUCUGAGCAAAGCCUUGGAAAUUCAGCACCCAGUGACAACGGCGGGGAUGUAUCUUUAAACUCUGACCUGUUUUCUGAUUUUUUCGAUAAUGAUGAAACUUUUUUGGAGUUUGAGAAAGAGUUUGAAAAUUUUCGGAACGUUCGGAAAUCUAGCUUGUUAUCAGGACUGAGCCAGAUGGGCUCCAGUCGAGAUAUUUUUGGUGAUUUCAAGUCGUACUGUGAUAAAAAUGUGAGAUCCGGUUCAGUGGUGAGUGUUAACUCGUGUGCAUCUCAAGACGAGGCUAAACCGAGCUGUACAGAUGAGCACCCUCAAGGGGGUCUCAUUUGGCGCUCUAUAGAGGAUUGGGAGAAAAUUCUGAAGAAGAUGAGAAGGAACAGUCGACUUUUACUUGAUGGUUGCUCACAUCGAUCUAAGUAUGGGUUAUCACGUGGCGGAUUUCAGCAAAAACAUCUUAAAACACAGUCAAUGGCGGAUCUAUCUGGCUGCCAUGGACACGAUGAUGACCACAGGUCAUUUUUAGACUUAAAGGAUAACUCGCACAGUGCCCAGUCAUGUGUGUUCACUGAUUUGUCUCUUCCAGCUUCAAUAAGGCUGUCUUCUCUACGCAAUUGUGAUUCUUCUUCUUCCCUUUCGGACGAUGCUGGUGAUGACCACUCUUCAAGUAGCCUCUGGUCAGACCAACUCAACGAUGGUAGUCACUACUCAUCAACCUCAACCCUGUGUUCUAGCCGCGAGGACCUCUCGUGCUCUUUCUCGUGCUCGUGUUGCUCGGACCUUCACAUCGACGAGGACACGGACGAGGAUUUUUCCUACAGCCAGUCGCCUACGUCCAGGAACAGGAGCCACUCACUGAUCAACAUUGGGCACCGCGUCACGAAGCUGGACCACAACCACUCGUGCUCCGCUGAUGAUUUACUUUGUCUGAUUCGCCCCCGCGGCGGACAAUCUCCGGCUAGCCCCGUGCUCCCAGAGCAUCGUGACACAAGAGCGCGUGCGUUGCACCGAAUGCCCACGUGGGACUCGAGUGAUGCCGACGAUGACGAAGGGUGUCCCGAGUGGAGCUGCAAUCUCUCUGACGUAGGUUCAGAGCAGUACCACACCGCCAGCUCCGACUUUAGCAGUCAGUUCUCUACUGCCAAAUCUGACCUUUCUUCCGACUUGGCAGCUAUCAGAAGCAAACAAAACACGGAAGAGAAGCUGUCUCCGAAUGGUACAGACAAACCAGUCGCCCCAGGCUGCUUUCACAGCUACCAUGGGAGGGAAAAGGGAAAGCUAUAUACCGAUUCAAGCAGGCCGCAUUGUGGCUGUGCUUGUCAAUAUACAUGUCACCAGCAUUGUGUCCCUGCUGUUACACUCAACUGCAAGUCUGUAUCUGAGGACAGUGUACAGGUGAAGACACCAACUCCUACAGAACCACGGUCACAGUUAGAAACCUCUCUGUCUCUAGGCAACAUCCACGCUAGACCUGGCUGUGCUCGAAGUGUCACUCUGCCUAACUCUCAGGGCUCCACUCUGCCUACUCAGCAGCAUCCAAGGAUAUGUUCCCCGCAUAUUGCCCAAGGAACGAAUAGUCAGGUUUAUGUUCCAGGAUCAUCAUCAUCUCCUCUUUUGGCACGCUCAGCUAGUGAGGGUUAUGUCACAGCUCAAUUACCUGGUGGCAUUUCUCGACCCACAACGCUCAGUAGUGCUACAGAAUCAUCAAGUCAUCCGAUUGCCAAUGCUAACCCACAGACUCUUGUUCAAAGCUCAUCUAGUUUAGUAGACAAUGUCAAUGUGACAGGACAGCUGAGUUCCAGUUGCCAAGUUAGUAGCAGUCAUAAUGUCACACACCACAUUACAGAACAGGAUGUCACAUUACAGUUACAUGGACCUGAAGUUAAUUCAGAGGAAGCAACGGAAAAAGAUGAAACAGACAGUGGGUAUAGGUCAGGGACUAUUCCAGAUGAUAAGUUGCCCAGAGUUCCUAGCCAAGACACACUAGAUCGUCAGGAAUUGAAACGAAAAAUAGCAAAAUUUAAUCAUUUUGUUCCUUCUGUCAGCCUUAAAGUGGCUGAAAAAGAAUCAUUCCAAGGUUUUCUGAAAGUAACACUAAACCUUAUUCGACCAAUCACAAUGGAGUUAGGUGCCAGGCCACCGUCCAUUUAUGAGCUUCUAACCAGAGAGCAUAUCAUAGAAGAAAACACCCAACAGGUGGCGUUUUACAUGCCCAGAGAUACUCACAAGUCUUUACAUAUAAACAGUGAUACAACAACCAAAGAGGUCAUAACAAGCUUGCUGAAAAAAUUCCACAUCAUUGACCACCCUCGCAAGUUUGCUAUGUAUGAGCAAGAAUUCAGUGAGCGCAAUAAAUUAGUUCGACUAAGGCGUUUAACUGAUAAAGAUUUUCCCUUGAGAGCAAUGCUAACCUGGGAUCCAGAACGUAUGAAGAACUACAGGAUAGUUUUACAAGAAAAUGAAACUGGUGAAAUAGUUUGGGAUGCUUUCAGUUUACCUGAACUAAACAACUUUCUUAAAGUACUGGACCGGGAAGAGAAAGAGACUAUCCUGGAACUUAAGCAUAAAUAUGCCUACAUGCGGCAGUACAUGGAAAGGAGAUUAACUGAGCUGCGGACAAUAAAGGCAAAAAAAUAGCUGUCCUGAUGACAUCAUGUUUUACAUUGAUUUCAGCUACAAAAAAAAAUUGUUUGUCACUCACGGCCUAACUUGUUACAUAAACUGCUGCAUGUUUCUUUUUUUAGAACUCCAUGGGAGACAAUAUUUCACUUAUUUUAACUUGUUUAUAAAAUAUGCUUUGGAAAUGUGAAAAAAAAAAUACAUUACAUUUUUUAAAAUUUUAAAUAAAUCUCAAAUCUGAGUUACAGUUGCAAAAUAAAUAGGUCACAGUUGGAAUUUGGUAAAAUACUGCACUUUUCAUCAAUUUUCAAAGUCAGAGACAAUGCCUUAAUUUAAAAUAAAUAACAACUCACAAUCUAUUAAUGCACAGUGAUAAUAUGACAUAUAACCAUACCCACAACUGGCUGUCUGGUCAUGUGGCAUACACUCUGGACUGUUGUUUCCAUGGUCCUGGGGUUCAUAGCCCAGCCUGCUGCCUUCCCUCUCUGCCCUGCUGGAGGUUUGGGCUAUGACGACUUAAUAAUCUUCAAUUCUGAAGAACAUUCAAAACAUGUAAAACAUAGCAAACAAUAAAGUAGAUAUGACUAUCUUAAACAUAGAAAAUAAGUAUAAAGAUAAACUAUAACUUCAUUUUAAAAUAUGAAAAUUAAAAGUUCUCAAUUUUUAUUGUAGUACCAUUGAGCCAAGAAAGUAUUUCAUGAAAGGCUUUAUGCUUCGCACUGAUAAUUUUGUAUGUGUUUUUUAACUAGCCAAAUAUUUUAACAACACAAAUAGAAAAAAAAUCUUAAUUUUUCCUCUUGUCUUAUUUCUUAGUCAUUACUUACAAAAAUGAUACUUUCUUUUUAGAUCUUUUUUUUUUCAAAUUAAAUAUUGUUUCCUAAAAGCCAAAUGUGUUAUUCUGUUGAUUUGAUAUAAAAUGUAACGAAACUGAUCCAUCACUUGAAGUCAUCAUGUUUUAUCAAUUAAAUCAAAACAAUUUCAUCAUAAGAUUAUCAUUACUUUAUUUUAAAAUCCAUUUCAGUUAUUUUUUCUAUUCGUUUAAAUUCUCAAGAACAACUCAAGUUUUUCUUGACCAUGUUGAACACAAAGUCAUGUGAAUGUUACCACUAACAUCAACUUUGUAUGAAUGAAUAAAUACUAAAGAAAAAGAUUCUAUUAUUUUUAUUUUUUAUUUUAUCUAGAAGAUUUGUCAACAAGAUCACUUAAAUAGUAACAUAAACCAAAACCAAGUGACUUCAUUAAAGGAAAAGGCCUAUGUACUAAAGAGAAAAACAGUUAUGUUAAUCAGAUUUUUGUUGUUUUUUGUACAAAUUUCUCUCAGCGUUAAUGGAUGUUAUAUAUACAAAUUUAUUUAUUUGUCUCUAUGCACAGUGUUGAUGUAGUUUGAGUUGUUGAACUUUUAGUCCCAUAAUGUCAACAAGUCUUAUUACAUUGGGGGAACAUCAAUUGUGUGUUCUUCUUUUUUCAUCAAGUUCUUUUAGUGUCAGACUCCAGUUUGGUUCCACAUCCUUGUCUGUUAUAUUAUAUAUAGUUUUAACGACAAACAAACCAAACUUUUUAAAGUCUUUUUUUUUAUACAUAAAAGAACUGAAGCAAAAAAUUAAACCAAUUCUAUUAGGAAAUGUACCAUAUGUAUUUUAUGUACAGAAGUUGUUGCAUUGCUUUGUCACAGCAUUACUUAAACUUAACACUGGCUUUGUAUAUGAUGAUUCAUCUAUAUUUACUUUAAUGAUAAUAAUAAAAAUCUUCAGAAGCUUUCAUUAAUUGGAACUUUCCACAGUUUUUCUAUUUUAGUAUAACAAUUUAAUAUUCAUCUCUUAAUCAUUCGAUUAUUACACAUAAAUUAUUUCUAUUUUGAGACAGUGUUUAAACAAAAGCCAAUAGUCUUUUUGAAAGAAUCAGUAUUGAACUUAUUUCAACUGCGCUUCAUGGUCAAAGUUCUUAUUUAUUCGCUUGUAUUUCAACUGGAUAAAGUGUUAAAGUAAAAUAAACAAAUAUACUCUGCACAACAUGUUGGCCUUUGUUUUUCACCCGUCAACACUUUCAGUGCACUAAUAAAAUUAUGUAUGUUAUGAAAAUGCAAUGGUAAUUAAUUACUGUUGAGACGAGCAAGUGGACAUAACAUCAUCAUCUCUUGCAUUUCUUGUACAGUUUCAAAUAGCUGGGAACAUAAUUGAAAGACUAUUGAUUGUGUAUGUUCUAGAUACAUGGAGCAGAUUAACUUGGGACCAAUUGUUAUUGUAGGUUGAAUUUGUGUUUCAAAACAUUUCUGCUGUAUCCCAUCGGUGCCCAAGUCACAAGGCGAAAAAGAUUGGAAAGGGAGGGGCAUCCAUGAAAUGUGAAUCUUAUUGCAGUUAGUCUUUGGAAACUUUUGAGAUGUUUUCCAAGUCAUUUUUUUUUUAAGCGAAAUUGAUUUGAUUAUUAAAUGUAAAAAUUAUUUUUUUUAUGUUGUAUAUAUAUAGAUAUAUAUAUAUUGUUUGUAAAUGUUUGAUAGAAGUCUUACAGUAAAUUUGUGAAGAUCCUGUAGCACAUCUGUACAAAUUACCUCAUAAUAAUUGUGCCUUUCCUUUGGUUUGACAUGAAAGUUAUUGUGAUAAUUCUUUAACUAACUAACCACUUGGUAAAAAUGUCUUCAUCUGAAUUCAAUUUGCAUCUUAUGAAUAUUAAAGUCUUGUUCAAGUUUUUAAUUAACUGAAAAAUGUUCGCUCUAAUAGUGCAAGACAUUCUUAUUAUUGAGUACAAGUUUAAAAUCUAUAACACACAAAGUGAAUAAAAAUAGACUUACUUAUCAACCUUUUUUUUAAAACUUUUCUUGCAUUCUUUCUAAACAGCAUAAAGCAAAGUACAUUUUUCAGUUUUGAUGAAAUCUUUCAAUCUUUUUGUGUUUCAGUUUUUUAUUAGUUAGUCGUAAAGUGAAUUUCUAGAAGCCAUCUCCUUUUAAUUAGUUGUAAAGUGAAUUUCUAGAAGCCAUCUCCUUUUAAUUAGUUGUAAAGUGAAUUUCUAGAAGCCAUCUCCUUUUAAUUAGUUGUAAAGUGAAUUUCUAGAAGCCAUCUCCUUUUAAUUAGUUGUAAAGUGAAUUUCUAGAAGCCAUCUCCUUUUAAUUAGUUGUAAAGUGAAUUUCUAGAAGCCAUCUCCUUUUAAUUAGUUGUAAAGUGAAUUUCUAGAAGCCAUCUCCUUUUAAUUAGUUGUAAAGUGAAUUUCUAGAAGCCAUCUCCUUUUAAGACCAUUGCUAGAAUUGAAGAGUAGAUGUUAUAACAUGUCAUAAGCAAGGGAAAUCCAGUCUUGCUCUAUUCAAGAAAAGAUAAGCCUUUCAUGAAGUCAUUUUGUGUGUGUUGACCAAUUUAUUUAUGUCACUAAGAAAUGUACCAUUGUUAAUAAAUAAAAAAUUGCAGACUUGAGAUUUUUUUUUAAGAUACUUGGCAAUAUUGAUUCUUAGAUCCUCCUGCACCAUUCAGUGCAUUGGGAGACAAGCUGUCUUCAUAAAGAUCUGUCACUGGCAUAACUUAGACUUCAAAAGUUUGGCGAAAAUCUAAAUCAAUAAUGUAUUUUAUAGUCUUUUUGCAAUGUAUUAAAUGACCUCUUCUAAAAGUCAUUGUAUUUAAAAUGUAUUGUACUAGAGACCAGCUUUAGAGUUACUUGUUCCAUCUGUAGGAUUUCUUAAUUAAGUCAUCCAAUUUUUCUUGUGUUGUUGUUUUUUUUUUAAAAUCACAAAAUGACAUGCAAAUGUUAUAUCAACUCAGAAUGAAAGAAUAAAAAGAAAAAGAGAU